GAUCCAAAGAGGAGGGAGUUAGAUCACAUGGGUAAAGUGUAUGCAGCUCACAAGAGUUUUUACAAGUUGCUAGCUUGGAGUCACUUGGGGAGCCUAAGGGAGGAGCUGAUUGUUCAUAAAUAGAAGCCGGUGCUGGCAUGUUUCUAUGUUUCUGUGACUAAAUCAACCAAAAGAAGAUUGAUUUCAAAGAAGAACACAAUUGUGAAUCUUAUCUAUGUAUCCCCAAGGGUCUAAAGAAAAAAAAUCAUCCUGAUGCCAAGUUUGCAAGUCAUCAUACAUGAACAAAUAAGACUAUGAUGGAUUCAGUUAAUGUUGUGUGGACUGAAUCUUCAGAAAACAAAAGCACCAUUAGACAAGACUCCACCACACAAAUAAUUUUUGACGAAGAUACUAACAGACUUAAUGGACAUGUUGAAGAUCAAAAUGUACCUGCAACUUUUAGAAAACUCUCCAAAACUCAGAUCUUUACUUUGAUAUCCACUGCCUCACUCAAUUUCAGUUCAAUGAUCUGUUACUCAAUAUUGGGGCCCUUCUUUCCUCAAGAGGCACUGAAGAAAGGUGUUAGCAGUACAGUUAUUGGGCUGAUAUUCGGAUGCUUUGCCUUUUUCAAUUUUUCAACAUCAUUAAUUCUAGGAAAACACCUUGUACAGAUUGGAGCAAAAUUCAUGUUUGUAACUGGUAUGUUUGUAUCUGGAAUUGCAACCAUACUCUUCGGAAUGUUGGACAAAACACCUGAUGGACCAAUAUUCAUAGCAUUAUGUUUUGUAGUGAGAUCAGUUGAUGCAAUUGGAUUUGGAGCUGCCAUGACUGCCUCUUUUUCUAUUCUUGCAAAGGCAUUCCCUAACAAUAUUGCAACUGCCAUGGGCUGUCUUGAAAUCUUCACUGGCCUAGGUUUUGUGUUGGGCCCACCAAUCGGGGGCUUAUUGUAUGAAUCAUUUGGAUAUGAAAUACCUUUCAUUGUGCUUGGUUGCGUUGUCCUGCUAAUGGUUCCAUUGAAUAUGUUUAUCUUGCCAAGAUAUGAUGCAGUCCCUAGCAAAGACUCCUUCUGGGCUUUACUAACUUGUCCGAAAGUUAUGCUGAUGUGUUUUACUAUGGUCUCAUUAAGCACAUCUUUAGGUGUAUUGGACCCAACAUUAUCACUAUUCGUUAUAGACAAAUUUCAUUUAAAAGUUGGAUAUGUUGGCUUGGUUUUUCUAGGACUUGCUUUGUCAUAUAGUCUGAGUUCUCCACUUCUUGGGCUUAUCAGUGACCGCUUUCCAGGGCUGAGGAAAUGGAUUCUCAUCAUUGGCAACCUAGGUUCAGCUUUCUGUUUCUUUCUAUUAGGACCUGCUCCUAUCUUUCAAAUUGAGAGUAAACUUUGGAUGUUUGUCCUGAUGUUACUUCUGGAUGGUUUCUGUAUUGGACUAGUUGGCAUACCAGUUUACCCAGAAAUGCUCUCGUGUGCAUAUGAACAUGGAUUUGAAGAAGGCCUUAGUACUUUGGGUCUGGUCUCUGGAGUGUUCGGUGCAAUGUGGGCUCUCGGAUCAUUUCUGGGCCCAACAUUUGGUGGAUAUCUCAAUGAACGUCUUCAUUUUGAAUGGACAGCUGCCAUUCAAGGGCUGUUUCCCUUGGUAGCUGGUAUUUUAUGUGCAAUAUAUUACCUGUGGGAAGGAAUGGCAGUAAGGAAAAGGUCUAAUUUGCUUAUGGCCAACAGCACAGUUCAGGAAAGAGAACACUUAAUCAAAGAGGAGAAGUAAAAUGAGAAAGAAGCCCUUAUGUUUCUUUCCAAAACCCCUUUAGUCUUUACCAUAUUUCAGUUCCAGUAUUGGUAAUAUGGUGCAAAUGUGACUGGAAAAUGCUGGAGUGUAUAUAAAGCUGUAUUCCUAACUGGGGAUAUUGUGACUGGAUGAAUUAUAGUAAUUCAUGUUUCAGUGUGCAUUUUACUCUACUGCAAGAAGCUUGAAUGCUGUAUUUUUUGUAAAUAGCAAAGUUUCUGUAACUUUCACUGGCAGAAAAAUGGAUCACAAGAGUGGAGAAUCGUGCCAAGUACUAAUUGCCAUUAUUUACUUGGCCUUUCAGAUCUGCAAUUUAGUGUUCCUUUGUCUGACAAUGUGCAACAAAAGUAACUUUUUUAUUUAAAAUAUAUAAGAAAUAUAUAUAUAAUCUCCACAUUUCUUUAAAAAGAAACAUUACUUUCUGCAAAAUAUUAAUGAUUUAACUUUUAUAAUUAUCUGUGCUGGGACCAUGUUUUGAGAUUAAUUUAGAUAUGAUGAUAUAACAGAGCAGUGCUGUCCAACUUCUGCGGUGCCGAGGGCCGCUAAUGAAAGGCAGUUUUGACCACUCCCCCAUAGUUUCUGUAACUUUCACUGGCAGAAAAAUGGAUCACAAGAGUGGAGAAUUGUGCCAAGUUCUAAUUGCCAUUAUUUACUUGGCCUUUCAGAUCUGCAAUUUAGUGUUCCUUUGUCUGACAAUGUGCAACAAAAAUAACUUUUUUAUUUAAAAUAUAUAAGAAAUAUUUAUAUAAUCUCCACAUUUCUUUAAAAAGAAACAUUACUUUCUGCAAAAUAUUAAUGAUUUAACUUUUA